AUGAAUAAGUAUGAUGGAAAGUGGGCUUCUUUAAACAACGGCUUUGAUCUCACUGCGUAUGAAGUACUCCAAAGAGCAUCAAAUGUUGUAAAUGAUGAACCUGCAAACUCUUCCCUUUCCAAAGUGGACUCUACUCUCUUUAAUGUAGAGGAAACUGAGGAAGAUGGCGUCAAGGUUCUUAAACUGACUGUAAAGAAUGGUUCUACUGUCAAGGAGCUAAAGUAUGAUGGUAAGGAGAUAUGGUCCAGUGGUAUAUUUGGUUCUCCUUGCUCCUCGGCUGUCAUAUAUAUGAAUGGAGACAGGCCCACUCUUGCAGUACUUGUUACCAGGGAUAAUAAGAAUAAUAAACAGGGGACAGUCUAUAGAUACCAUAAUGGUAAAAAAUGGAAGAAGGGUAGAGAAGGUACCCACAAGAGUAAGCUUGAGAAUCUUAGAGCAGUUCCACCUCAACCAACUGGACCUAAGGAAGAGGAUGCUAAGACUCCCACCACUAAUAAACCUGAUACUGAGGACUCCCCAGUUGUCCAACAGAAUCUUUAUACACCUACUCAAUCACCUCCUAGUGGACAAACCGCUAACUCUGAUCAAAAGACUACUGAAUCUGCCAAAAGGGGACAAGGAGUUAAGGUUAAACCCGUAGAGUCUCCCGUUCCUACACCUAAGGAGGAAGUCUCUCCACAAGAUAAUGGAACCAGUAAACCUGUUACUGAUGAAUCUCAAGUUACUACUACUCCCAUUACUUUAGACCUUACCAAACCUGAUGAGACAAAGUUAGAUGUGCAUACAGAAACAAAAUCAGAGGUAACUGUUAAGGCAUAUACUCCUCAGGAAGCUUCUUCCUCAUCUGUUAAAUUCUCUAGAGAGAAUCCCACUACUCCACUUCAACCUACUGUAGUUCCUGCUGGCCAGUCUACUGCUGAGGAAUCUCCAAAGCCAACAGCACCCGUUACUCUGGAUCUUGCUAACCCCGACAAAUCAAAGGUAGAGAUUAGGGAAGAUUUAACUGGUGGAGUGAGUUACAGGGGAUUCGUGCCAAAGAAUAUUUUCCAUAUAUCCUCAGUGACUUAUGGUGAUAAAGAGUUAUGGACUGCUUCUGAGGGGGAAGAGUUUACUUUCGCUGGUUCUUCCACAAAGGAAAACUAUACUCUCAUAUCCAUAGUUAUUAAUGGUAGUGACUAUGGACUAGAUUUAAAGUAUUUUGAGCUGGUUGAUGGUGAGUGGAAGAACAUUAAUGAGGGCGAUUUCUUCAACAAGCUCGAGGAAUUGAGUAAACAGGAAUUAUCUCCUACCGAAGAGCCUACUUCUCCAUCUCAAUAA